UGUUGCCGGAAGUCACUGGGUGAGGCUGUCUGUCAGUCAGUCAUCGCGUACACAAGCAGGCGAGACACUCAGCGGAAUGGAGUCCGAUACAAGUGACCCUGAUGCCAUCCAGCACCUGGACUCUGUCAUCAUGGAGGAGAACCAGUGCCGAGGGAUUGUGAACAUCGAUGAGGCUGUGGCCCCUGUGAGGCAUCGCCUUCACCGGUCAACAGUGCGGCCGUUUUUUUGUUGUGGUAGUGAAGUUUCCCUUGUUAGCCUUGUGGACUCACUCGAUCUUGGUCCUUCUACUGCGUCGUCAUCCCUGACAUCUGAAACUACCCUGGUGCCAAUGUCGGCAGGAGUAAAGACGGAUGGCAGCUCCAGUGGCUGCAGGAGAACGAGCCUGAGAGGGAAAAGGUCUGAGAAAUUGCAACAAAAUAAAUCAAAGAAAAAGUUUUGGAGUUUACGUGGCAAACUUGGAAGCAGGUUUGUUGGGCCCCAUGCUCGAAAUGAUGUGUGCCAACAUCAGAUGAGUUGUCUGUGUUCUUCUCACAGGAAACGUGGGACCAUGCCGUGCUUGGGCCACGAAGACUUGACAUCUCAAGGUACACUGCGAACCUCUGGACAUCUGGGAGCAAUGUUGUCUGGAUUGAGAGUAGGACAGAAUGCUGCUGUACCCCUCAUUGACAUAGCUAGGGUUAAUUUUGACGCUCUUUAUCCCACUCAAGACAUGGAUGAGAUUCGCCGAGAAGAAAGAGCUAAAGAAAUCGAACACGGAAUUGAAAUUAGUCCCCAACAUUGGCCAGUGAAUUUGUUCAGUGUUGUUACACGUUCAGGCCCCAGUCAGCAUAGAGGGAGGAUGAAUGUCUCAACCCGCCAUCACUCACUCAGCUCUGUAUCGUUCCCUCCUUUCGCAAGUCUGACACCGUCAUCAUCAGAUUACGAGGAGUCCGUGUAUGGUGACAGUUCAGUGCUGUGUCUUCAGGCACUAGCAAACCAUCUGCCUGCCGUCCUGCAGCCUCCAGCUUCAGUUAGUCAGCAGCCCGUGCACCCUGCUGCCCACAGUCAGGUGGAAUACAUUCACUGCCUCGUCCCCGACCUCGUCAACAUCAGCUGCUGCAGCUUCUACUGGGGGGUGAUGGACCGCUAUGAGGCUGAGGCGCUGCUUGAGAACAAGCCAGAGGGCACGUUCCUACUAAGAGAUAGUGCACAAGAAGACUUCCUGUUUUCAGUUAGUUUUAGACGCUAUAACCGUUCACUUCAUGCUCGUAUUGAACAAUGGAACCACUUGUUCAGUUUUGAUGCACAUGAUCCUGCCGUAUUUGCCUGUGACAGUGUAGUUGGAUUGAUUGAACACUAUAAGGAUCCCGAAUGUUGCAUGUUUUUUGAGCCUAUGUUAACCCUUCCUUUGAAUCGCACAUCUUGCUUUCCGCUGAAGCAUCUCUGUCGUUCGCAGAUAUGCAACAACAUCUCGUAUGAUGAUGUGAAUGUGCUGCCACUGCCGUCCUCCCUCAAGGAGUAUCUCAAGUACUAUCAUUACAAGCAGAAGGUGCGAGUGAAGAGGCUGGAUAUCCCCUAGGCCCAGGGUGGACUACAAUUAACUGUUCUCUGUGACCUAGGCCCAGGGUGUACUACAGGGAACUGUUCUCUGUGACCUAGGCCCAUGGUGUACUACAGUGAACUGUUCUCUGUGACCUAGGCCCAGGGUGGACUACAAUGAACUGUUCUCUGUUACCUAGGCCCAGGGUGGACUACAAUGAACUGUUCUCUCUGACCUAGGCCCAGGGUGGACUACAAUGAACUGUUCUCUGUUACCUAGGCCCAGGGUGGACUACAAUGAACUGUUCUCUGUGACCUAGGCCCAGGGUGUACUACAGGGAACUGUUCUCUGUGACCUAGGCCCAGGGUGGACUACAGUGAACUGUUCUCUGUCACCUAGGCCCAGGGUGGACUACAGUGAACUGUUCUCUGUUACCUAGGCCCAGGGUGGACUACAGUGAACUGUUCUCUGUGACCUAGGCCCAGGGUGGACUACAGUGAACUGUUCUCUGUUACCUAGGCCCAGGGUGUACUACAGUGAACUGUUCUCUGUGACCUAGGCCCAGGGUGGACUACAGUGAACUGUUCUCUGUGACCUAGGCCCAGGGUGGACUACAAUGAACUGUUCUCUGUGACCUAGGCCCAGGGUGGACUACAAUGAACUGUUCUCUGUGACCUAGGCCCAUGGUGGACUACAGUGAACUGUUCUCUGUGACCUAGGCCCAGGGUGGACUACAAAUGAACUGUUCUCUGUGACCUAGGCCCAGGGUGUACUACAAUGAACUGUUCUCUGUGACCUAGGCCCAGGGUGUACUACAAUGAACUGUUCUCUGUGACCUAGGCCCAGGGUGUACUACAAUGAACUGUUCUCUGUUACCUAGGCCCAGGGUGGACUACAAUGAACUGUUCUCUGUUACCCAGUUGCUACGAUGAAAAACUUGUCAUGUCAGAAUUCCUACAGUGCACUAUUUGAACAAUGUUUGCCUGUUUCUACCAUGAACCAUGAGUACGUGGACAUAUUGGUCUGUUUCUACGAGGAAUGACUGGGACAUGUUAGUUUUUUUCUACAAUGAAUGACCAGUACGUGGACAUAUUGGUCUGUUUCUUCGAGGAACUUCUUGGACAUGUUAAUCUGUUUCUUCAAGGAACUUCUUGGACAUGUUAAUCUGUUUCUACCAUGAACUACUUGGACAUGUGUUCAGAAUGUCAGAAUGUAUAUAAAUGAUUCAGUGAGUGAAACAAACUGCCGUACAUGUAUCUCCUGCAACAUGUUGUGGUUAUGUUAUCUAGCACAGAUAAAGUUGUUUGACUGUU